GUUGGCGGGAAAGUCUGUAGAGUAAAAACUCGGUCGCUGCUACUUUCCCUCCCAAAUUUCUCCCCCGCCACCGUCACCUGAUGGAAUCCGAUUCAGACUCCGGCGGCUCUCACGUCUCAGCUACUCCUCCCAGAAACUCCAAACAGCCGCCGAAGCAGUUUCGUCCCGCUCCUCCUCCUCCGCUUCCCCUGCGGCAACCUCCACGCGCCGGAAGCAAAACCAGAAACAAAACCCCAACUUCCUCCUCCGCCGCCGCCGCUUCUCGCUCUAAUAAACCCCUAGAACAGCCGCCUCUCGACCGGAAAAACGACGACGACGCUCCUGCGGUCUAUUCAGCACCUCUCUCGAACCUGCCGUUUCAGAUCUGCUAUCAAAACCGACCGAUUUCAUCCUCCUCGUCUUCCCAUUCAAUCGAAGCUCUCCCCGCCGGCUAUUUCUCCAAAUCCGCUUCCUUCUCCAAAAUCAGAAGAACCUCCCUCAAUUUCGAAUCGCUCGACGAGUCUUGUCCCCCGCCGCCGCCGCCUGAUUCUUCCACGGCGGUUCCAGCCCCGAAACCUAACAACAACAACAUCAGGAAGAAUAUCAACCUGAUUCGAGCGGAAGCGCCGCCGCCACCAGUCAAAUUGCGGAAGUGCAGCGGUGGCAGCGAAGGCAACUUCGUGAAGCUCAACACGAACUACAAGAACAAGUUCCUCAACAGGAAAGGGAUGCGGAAGAGCAGUAGUAGUUACGCGUCGAACAACCGGCGACUUUACCGACGGAGCAAGCGGAAGCUGAAGGCGGACAGCGAAGCAGCCGAAGCCGGUGGGUCACUCUGCGACGAGGAAGGUUUGGUGACGGAGAUCACCCAACAGAAGGCGGAGAAUGGCGGCGAGUUGAUUGAGGAAGCGGUUUCGGCUGCGAGAGGAGAGCCAUCCGAUGAGAAUUUGGUGAGGUUGUUGAGUUUGAUGUAUGGUUAUAGUUCGUUUAGGAAUGGGCAGCUUGAAGCAAUUAGAAUGGUGCUCGAUGGCAAAUCAGCAAUGCUGGUUUUGCCCACCGGCGCCGGGAAAUCUCUCUGUUAUCAGAUCCCGGCAGUGAUUCUGCCAGGAAUCACUCUGGUGGUGAGCCCGUUAGUUGCGUUGAUGAUCGAUCAGCUUAAACAGUUGCCUGCUGCCAUUCAAGGUGGCCUUUUCUGUAGCAGUCAGACGCCUCAAGAGGUUGAAGAGACCACCAAAUUGCUUCAGCAAAGAGCCAUUAAAGUGCUUUUUGUUUCACCAGAGAGGUUCUUGAACGCUGAUUUCCUGUCAGUUUUGUCUUCUAUUCAUGUUUCCCUUCUGGUGGUUGAUGAAGCUCACUGUAUUUCUGAAUGGUCUCACAACUUUCGGCCUUCAUAUAUGAGGCUCAGAGCUUCCUUACUACGUGCCAAGCUUAGUAUUGGAUGCAUUCUUGCAAUGACAGCAACCGCCACUACCACUACCUUGAAUGCUGUUAUGUCUGCUUUAGAUAUUCCUUCAACUAAUCUCAUUCAGAAAGAGCAGCUGAGAGACAAUCUACAGUUGUCUGUAUCCUUUAGUAAAAACAGAAUGAAAGACCUACUGAUGUUGAUCAAGUCUUCCGCGUACAAGGAAGUCCAGAGCAUCAUUAUAUACUGUAAAUUUCAGACUGAAACUGAUAACAUAAGCAGAUACUUAUGCGACAAUAACAUCCCAGCAAAGAGCUACCACAGUGGUAUCUUCUCAAAGGAACGCAGCCGUAUACAAGAGUUAUUUUGUUCUAACAAGAUUAGAGUGGUUGUUGCAACUGUGGCAUUUGGCAUGGGUCUGGACAAGAGCGAUGUUGGAGCUGUGAUUCAUUAUAGCUUGCCAGAAAGCCUUGAAGAAUAUGUUCAGGAAAUUGGACGUGCUGGAAGGGAUGGUAGACUGUCCUACUGCCAUCUAUUCUUUGAUGAUGUCACCUAUUUCAAGCUUAGAAGUCUCAUGCACAGUGAUGGAGUAGAUGAGUAUGCAGUAAACAAGUUCCUCUCCCAAGUCUUUACCAGUGAAACUAGCUCACGUGGAAAAGUUUGUUCACUAGUCAAAGAAUCUGCUUCUCGCAAAUUUGAUAUGAAAGAAGAGGUGAUGCUCACGCUUCUAACACAGUUGGAGUUAGGGGAAGUGCAAUACUUGCGCCUACUUCCACAAGUAAAUGUUACAUGCACUGUGAAUUUCUACAAGACUGCACCAGGGCUACUUGCUGACAAGGAUACCGUGGUUUCUGCAAUCCUCAAAAGAUGUGAAACUAAGCAAGGAGAACAUGUUUUUGACAUUCCUUCAGUGGCAAAUAGCAUUGGCAUCUCAAUUACUGAGUUGUCUGAUCACCUCUUGAAUCUGAAGUUCAAAGGAGAAAUAACAUACGAGGUUAAGGACCCAGCAUUUUGUUAUAUACUGGUGGAGGUCCCCAAGGAUGUGAGCUCCCUUUCCACACAUCUCACCAAAUGGCUAGCUGAAGUCGAACGGUUUAAGGUAAGAAGGCUACAGGAAAUCCAUGAUGCUGUCCAAUUCACCACGAAUGGUUGCAAGAAGACUGCAGGUUGCAAUGGCGCUGACCACACGGCAUGCCUGCAGAGAAGGAUUCUCAACUACUUCAAUGAAGAUACAGAACACGAAGUUGCAGACAAGACCAGUCAAAUCAGCCCAUUUCUGCGAGCAGAUAUAAAGGUUUUCCUGCAGAGCAAUGCGCAUGCAAAGUUUACACCCCGAGCUGUUGCGAGAAUAAUGCACGGCAUUGCCAGUCCAGCUUAUCCUUCAUCGACUUGGGCUGGUGCCCAUUUCUGGGGAAGGUACACCGGAACUGAUUUCAAAGUGGUAAUGGAAGCUGCAAAGGCAGAGUUAAUUAAGUGCGUCGGGAAGGAUGGCUCAGUACCUGUAUAGAGCUGACAAAAUGUUACAGCUGGUAAAAAGGAGUUCCCGAAACUGUCGUCGUCUGUGAGAUUGGUAAAGGCGACCAAGUGAAAUUGUUCCGCCGCUGCUUAUCCCUCGGUACCUUGCACGUCAAGGCAAUUUGCUUGCUGUGGCGGAGAAGGGUACAUGAGGCUGAAGAAUUCCCCAGCUGAAGUUACGAAAACGGUGCCGUAUGAUUGGGAAGUAGAAAGAUACAUACAGCCACAGGAUAGGAGCUUCUGGAGUUUAUGUGCUACGUAACAGAGCCGGGGGCUACAAGUUUCAAUGGCAGACGUUUCGGUGAAGCUUGUCACUACACAACUGAGAUCAAUGUCACACAUCAUUAGAGUAUGAGUAGUAAUUAAUAAUAAUAUUAUUAUAGUAUAUUACGAGUACUAUUUCUGUAAUUUCUUAUAGUCAU